AUGUUCAUCAAGGCGCAACUCGUUUUGGCCACGCUAGGAGCUGCCCAGCAGGUCUACCUCGACGCCGAGGGCCCAACACCACGACCACAGUGCAAGGCGACGAGGACUCGCGAGCCUGAAUACAGCUUUACGCCUUUCAGCCACACUCUGACUGACACUGUGAGGUAUGCGACGUCAGUGCCGCCGGCCACAACGACCGAGACCACGUGGCGCCGGCCCGUUGUCAUCACCGAGUUUGGCUUCCCCGUCUUUGCCGAGACGGACAAGGUCGCGCUCGCGGACCAGCUGUUCGACACGCCGCGGAGCAACUACGACCUCAGCUACCUGACCGAGGUGCUCAAGGCCAUUUGGGAGCACGGCGUGGAUGUCGCGGGGGCGUAUGCCUGGUCUUUUGCGGACAACUGGGAGUUUGGUGACGGGGCGUCGAAUGUCGACAUCCAGACUGUCAAUAGGACUUCGCAGGUGAGGAACUACAAGAAGAGUUUCUUUGAUCUCGUCGACUUUGUCAAGGCGCGCGGGGGGUAG